AAUAACUUCCCAGCCAGCAGCAAGCCUCGCCUCCACGACCUCAAGUCAACAGUGGAUCUUCUCACCAGCAUCACGUUCUUCAGAAUGAAGGUGCUGGAGCUGCAGAGUCCUCCCCGAGCUGCCAACGUGGUGCGGGACUGUGUCAAGGCCUGUCUGAACUCCACCUACGAGUACAUCUUCAACAACUGUCUGGAGCUCUUCAACCGCCAGUUCCAGUCCAAGGAGGAGAAUCAGCCGGAGGAGCAGGGCCCAAGUAUUCAGAAUCUGGACUUCUGGCCCAAACUCAUCACGCUCAUCGUCUCCAUCAUCGAGGAAGACAAGAACUCGUACACGCCCAUCAUCAACCAGUUUCCUCAGGAACUCAAUGUUGGUAAAGUCAGCGCUGAGGUCAUGUGGACGCUGUUCGCUCAGGACAUGAAAUACGCCCUGGAGGAACACGAGAAACAUAGGCUGUGUAAGACGGCCGACUACAUGAACCUGCACUUCAAGGUCAAGUGGUUGUACAACGAGUACCUUCAGGACCUGCCGGCCUUCGCAGACGCUGUGCCUGAGUACCCAGCCUGGUUCCUGCAGUUCGUCCUGGCCUGGCUGGCUGAGAACGAGGAGGUGUCCAUGGAGUUCAUGCACGGAGCGCUGGAGCGGGACAAGAGAGAGGGGUUCCAGCAGACGUCUGAACACGCUCUGUUCUCCAGCUCCGUGGUCGACAUCUUCACUCAGCUCAACCAGAGCUUUGAGAUCAUCAGGAAACUGGACUGUCCCGACCCGACCGUGGUCGCUCACUACAACAGACGCUUCGCCAAGACGAUCACCAGAGUGCUGCUGCAGUACAGCGCCCUGCUGUCCAAGAGCUUCCCCUCCUACUGCGAGAAGGAGAAGAUCCCGUGCGUGCUGAUGAACAACAUCCAGCAGAUGAGGGUCCUCCUGGAGAAGAUGUUUGAGUCGAUGGGAGCGAAGCAGAUGGAUACAGAGGCAGCUAACAUCCUCAAUGAGCUGCAGGUGAAGCUGAGCACCGUCCUGGACAACUUCAGCAUCGUGUUUGCCAAGAGGUAUCUCAGUAUCUUCGCUGACAUCUGUGAGAAGACGGUGCUGAAGAGGAUCUUGAAGGAUCUGUGGAAGAUCGUCCUGAGCAGCCUGGAGAAGAUCAUCGUCCUGCCGCAGAGCAACGACAGCCUGGGAGCUCAACUCCUCACUGCGGCUAAAGGACUCUCUAAUCUCAAGGGAGGAGGUGAAGCCAAAACCCUGACGCCCAAACAGUGCAUCAUCAUCGACGCAGGGCUGGAGACCAUCAAGCAAUACUUCCACGCUGGAGGAAACGGGCUGAAGAAGGCGUUUGUGGAGAAAAGUCCUGAACUGGCGUCCCUGCGCUACGCCCUCUCCCUUUAUUCCCAGAGCACCGAUGCUCUCAUCAAAACCUUUGUCACCACGCAACACUCCCAGGUGCAUGAUGGGAUGGGCAUCAGAAUCACCGGCAAUGAAAAGAUUCGACCUGAUCGGGGUUCAGGGGUGGAGAAGCCGAUCGGAGAGGCCGUUCUCCAGAUCGAUAUGAUGCUCGGGAAAGAACGUAAGGUCAACGUCAGAGUCAUUGCUGUAAACGACAUGAAGUGGCAGACAUCAGGGAUGUUCCGGCCUUUCGCCGACGUCUCCGUGAUCGGCCCCUUUCUGGCCGACAAGAAACGCAAGUUCACCACGAAAUCCAAGAACAACAGCUGGACGGCGAAGUUCAACGAGGCUUUCCAGUUCAUCCUGGGUAAGGAGUCUCCAGACUGCUACGAGCUCCAGGUGACCGUGAAGGAUUACUGCUUUGGCCGCGCGGACCGGGUCGUCGGCAUGGCCGUGGUGCAGCUGCGUGACGUCGCGGACCGCAAGAGCUGCGUGUGCUGGUGUCCCCUGGGGCCACGCAUCCAGACGGACGAGACGGGCAUGACGGUGAUGCGUAUCCUGUCCCAGCGACCUGCUGAUGAGGUGGCCAAGGAGUUUGUCAAGCUGAAAUCUGAGAUUCGUCCAGUGGAGGAGGGGAGAUGAGCAGAGGCACUGACACCGACGCUGGAAACUGGAUCAUAAAUCGAGAUCUGGGUUUAGAGUCAGGUGCUUUAUUUUUACAGAUUUCUGUCGUCCUCAGCAAACACAGACCGUUAAAGUGUCUGAGUGAUAAUAUUCAACAUGGGGGAGAAGGACGCGGUAGAUAUAAGUGAACAAAAGAUGUUCUCGAAAAAGAAAAAUGAUUUAAAUCACCAGCUCGGAGGGCAGAGAUCGUUUUAAUGAGGGACUAUUCAAGUCGUCCAAUUACAUCUGGAUAAACGUGUCUGUCGCCUGUCGACCAUCAUGGGUUCUGUCUACCGGACAGAAUGAAAAGAAGCAAACAUAUCUUACAUUUUACUGAAUGGAGGAAUAAUUAUUGAAAUGUGUGAGGCCUAAUGAAUAUCUUAAGAGACAUCAGCGUCACUGUUGACAUGAUUACAUACCUGCUGUCAACCAGCGAACUGAUGUCAGACAUCGUAAAGAAAUAAAACAGUUGGUGAUAGAACAAGUGCUUCAAACAUCAGCACCAGAUUCAAGCAGCUGAUCCACAAAGUCUCAAAAUUCAACUUGGCGAGCGGCCGACUGUCGAGCGGAGGUUCACUCUCGUCUCAGGGCCGUGCUCAUGGAACCGCAGUCGUGAACACGGAGCAGAAUUGCUCGCUCGUGAGAUGGUUUUGCAUAAAUAAAUAACUAAAUAAAUUUAGACCGCUAACAAUUACCACUGUUUCCCCAAAGACGUCAUUUGAUACAACCAAACAGCUAACUAAUAAAAAACACAGUAACGCGAAAGUCAUACUUAGCGCGAGUGGUUGCACAGAACGCGUAACAACAUUUUAAGCAGGUAGCCAAGGAAAACUGCACCAGGACUGCAAAAUAAAAAUAAAACAGCUCAUGAGAGGAGAAGUGCAACUGACAUCUGUUGCACCAGAUUCAUGGAGGUGGUCGGGACACAGCAGCCGAUCCAGAGCUUUUCUGGAGGGUUGACUGCAGACGGAUGUCAGGAUGCUGCUAACGAUAGGUUGCUUUUUAACGAUAAAACGCUCGUCAUAUUUUUCCCAGAGUGAAAAUAUAAAACCUCUAAAAGAAAGAAAACAUGACACACUGAGGUCGGAUUGCGCAGUUGGUUCUUAACAAUUACGUAGCCUUAAAAGAAGCCAGCUGGCUAACACAGCUAGCUCACUGUACUCCUAUCUAAAGCAUGAAUGGGUUCGUCGACAGAGACUUUUAAGUUAAAAUACUUUUUUCCUGAAACAAAGAAUUUCUCGGCAUCGUAGUUAAAAGUAUAAGACGAACAAAGUGCAGCUUCUCUGCCUUGUGGGGAAAAAAAUGUCACGUCAGAGGUUUUGAAUUCAGCUCUUCUGUUUUAACCAGGUGUUAAUUAAACUGUGACUGUGAAGACUGUUGACCUGUAGACCUGCUCUGAAUAGAAAACCAAAAAGAUGACACCUGUUUUUAACGGUUCAAAAGUACGGAGGACUUGGAAUGGUUCUUCUAAGGAUUUAAGUUUAUCCCCUUUUUACAGUUUUAAGAUAAAUGUUUCCGAUGCCACAGCCUUGCCGUGCAUGCACAGCCGCACCCUGUACGGAUCAUAUGAUUCGGAGUAACUGAUUUUCUACCACAAGCUGAUGGAAGAUUAUAACACAUGCAGGUUUAAAGUAUAGCUGAUCCACACUCGUCUCUGUUUACCAUGUGCCAAGGAACUCAAGUGUUCAACGAGCUCUCUGUAUGAACUCUGGGUUGUCGAUCGGACGUAGACGUGGCCGCUCUGAACGUCCCGCUUUCUGCCGCACGUUUGCCAAAAACUAGCUGCACUUUGGCUCUGAACUCAAAAGGAUCAGUUUGGUUUAGACAAGAUAGUUUGGAAACUAUUUUAGAGUGUUGUCUUCUGUUGUAUUAAAACAAACAAAACGUACGUCCACAGUUGAGUAUAAGUGGGAUUUUUCACAGUGGCCACAGCUGCAGCGACAAUGAGCUCUUGCACUGUAAGUUUGUAAAAAAAAAAAAGAAUAUAAAAGGAAAAUGCCUGUGAGCAGAGCAUGUAUUUAUUGUAUACAAUCACACUUAACUAGAAUUGUGAUCUUUUUCAUGUCUGUACUGUGAAAUAUGAAGAAUGAUCAAACAUAUGUAAAGUACUUAUCAUUAUUCUAAUGUGACAUAUGUUGAAUAUACUUGUAACAAUAUUUUGUA